AUUCCAGAUGCAAUAGUGUUCAACUCCUCUCAUUUGUAUGGAACACCAAGCUACUGGCUCCAACAGUUCUUCACAGAGUCAAGUGGAGCAACUCUUCUCAGCUCUACUAUGGAGGGAAACUCUUCUUAUGUUGAAGCAUCUGCCAUAUCCUUCCAAAGCAAUGGCUCUGAUUACAUACAGAUUAAGGCUGUUAACUUUGCAAACGUGACAGUGGAGCUGAAGGUAAAGAUGACUGGAUUGGACUCGAAAGUUUCUGCAAAAAAGAAGAAAGUACUUACAUCUGCCAGUGUGAUGGAUGAGAACUCCUUCUCCAACCCAGAGAUGAUUGCGCCACAAGAAACCAUCCUGGUGAUGCCCGAGGGGAACUUGACGUUUGUUCUCGCGCCCUACUCGUUCGCAUCAUUGGACUUGCUGAAAGAAUCUUAGAUCUGCUGCAUAAAAAGAAAGGCACGUAGCAGAGUGAAUCUAUCUAUGUCCUAAGAGUAUUUAGUGUCACUAGACGUUGUAGACUCUAAGUGAGUGGGUGAAUGAUGAUCGAUGAUGAUUACCUAUUUAGUUGAAUAAAAUUACAGUUUUAGAG